ACCUUAAAUUUUUAUAAAACCUUUUCCUAUUAUAUAAUUAGUAUUCUACUUCCUAGUUUUGAUCUAAUAACCCUAUUUAUUGAUUCAUUAACAUGUCAAGUUCAUCCUUCUACAACUAAUAAAACUGUAUAAUGCAGACGGAUGCAACGCUUAUAAUCUUAUUUCUGUACAGAGUCCAAGGAAAUGAACCUGGAAAAACAAUUGAACAAAGCAACAGUGUAAACGUGACCUGUGGGGAUGACAGUGUUUGGAAUACAACUCUUAGAAAAUGUACCGAAUGUAACCCUGGCUUUGUUGGACGGAAUUGUUCCCUUAUGUGUCAGUAUCCCCAGUACGGCUACGUAUGCAGCAAGCGGUGUGAGAAUUGUAGUAUUGAAUCAUGUGACCACAGAACAGGCUGUCCAGAAUCAGAAAAAACAUCAUUUCUUUUUACUGUGAGUCAGUCACAGUGGGAAAUGACUACAGUGACUACACAGAGUACAGACAAGAAUUCUAUAACGCCAAACGUUACAGAAUCAUACCAGACAAGGAAACAAAGCAGUAAUGAAUUGAACAGGAAACUUAGAAUUUCAGUUACAACGCUUGGUACGACUUGUGCAGUACUUUAUAUGGUGUAUUUUGGUUGGAUUCUACGUGAUAAAUUUAACACCAGGAACAAUUUAAUAACGACCAACGAUUUAUCUGAUGUUGCAGAUGCUUAUCAAAACAUGUUAGGUUCAGACAUAGUAACAAUAACAUUCGAAUGAAAAUCAAAACAGAUAAAUUCAGACGCUACUAAACUUACUAGGAUAUGCUGUAUACAUUCCUUAUUUUACGCUUGUAAUUAAUAUCUUUGAGACAUACAUACAUGUAACAUCAAAUCGUGGGAGAUUAUUCUUUGUGAGUGGACGGUUGAUCUAAAUAUGUUGAAUGGAUAUCAGACCAUAAAAUGGGAGUUUUUAUUUAGUUUUAUUUUAUGAGUUGAAGAAUAAUACAAAGACAUAUGGUAUAUAUGUUGAGUACACGGCUAGACUUUUACCGACGAUGCUAGACUCCUUGAUAAUAAUUUUUAUGCGGAUGUGUCUUUGUGAAUCAGU